UAUCAUUGUAAUGACAAUAAACGCCUUUUUAACGAAUAAUCGACAAUAGAUGUCAUGGCUUUUAAACAGGAAGUAAAUAAGGAAUAUCUAGUGAAAAAAGGUCGGGUGUUUCAGUGAGGGGAGAAGGGGUCUGUAUACAGGCUAUUGUUUCUCAGUUUUGGCCCUAGGGAGACGAAAACAAAAAUGUAAAUACCUAUUUUUUAGUUCUGUUUUGUUUUGUUUAUUUUUAUUCAUUUUCUCUUCCAGUUUAGACAACCGAAAAUUGUUUAGAUUUAUGUAAAUUGCAGGGGAAGGCGUUGGAAAUUCGCUGAUCAAAACAUUGCAGGCUCUUUCUUUUUGUCACGUAAUACUUGGUAGUAAAUAAUCGUGAUUGAGAGUAACAGAGAUCUUCGAACCACUUGCAUUUGAACAAAAAAUGAACUUAGGAGGAGAUAAAUAUAGUUAUUAAUAGAGAUAAGCAGGACAUUCUGAAAGCCUUUUGGAGGCAAAGAAGUGGAUUCUAAACAAAUAUUGGCUGGUCACGGAGCAUACAUAAUAGUUAGGCGUAGAUCGACGGCGGUAAGUAAAACUAACGCUAUUCUUUUUUAGGUUGUAGCCUAAACUUAAUGAACUUUUUAAGAGCGUAAUUUCUUUAUCGCUAGAAGGAAGAAUUUCCCAUCGUUGAAUGUUGUUUUUAGAUGAGCGAGUUGACGUUGCUUUAUGACUGGCAUAUACUGGCGUGAUUCAAAGCUUGUCAACAACCACUCGCCAUGUGGCCUUGAAAAUUCUGCCCAGGAAAUUAAAAACAGCUUGGUUCUGUCGCAGUAAAGACCAUAAACACUUGAAUGAAGGACUUCUGUAUAGUGUAACUCGUAAGAAGAAUAAUCUUUCAUUUUGCAAGAAAAUCAAAACGAGGUCACAAACAUUACGAUUUUGCUUUCGAUAUUUUGGUGACGUGCAUUACUAAUCAGUGUGAAAUCUUUAAUUUUCUCACAAAAUCUCGAAGGUUUAAGCAUGCAUUAAACUCCUCAAUUAUCAUUCUUGUAUAACGGGCUGGAAAGUGUCGGUUUAGUAACUUCAACGGCCCUUAAUUGCUGAAUUAUAGGACAGGUGAAGUGGAAAUAAGCUUGUUUUAGGUGCAGUUUUCAAUUGGCAUCUGACGCCCAAAAAAGGCAGUGCCCAAAAUGUUUUUUAUGUUUAUUAUAGACUAAAGGGUUGGUAAACAGGGAAUAGCAAAAUUAUUGUCAUAGCUUUCUGGCAAGGAGCGAUAUUUGAUCUCAAAAUCAGCAAAUAUUUGAAUGGCUAAAAAGGUGGUCCAAUGUUCAAGGCCGGUGAUUGACAAGCUGUCAAUCAAAUUGACUGAAACUUAUAUUCUUACAUUUGUCAAAGAUGCAUCAACAUUUAUACAAACCCUCAUAGUCAAAGGUUAAAAACAGUUGUCCUGAGAGCUUCCUACUUUUGCCUGUUAUUAAUGCACUUUUAUUGGUAAAAAAUCUAAUUAAACCAGUUGGGUGGGCUAUCUCCCACCAUAAAGAUCCAAACUAUGAACCAGUUUGUCAUUUUGAGUUUUGGGGUAGACCCUUUAAACUGGCCAAGUUUCAUCGAAAUCGGAGAGAUAGCAUGUAGCGCACCUGCCUGGUGCACCCAUGGACUCACUCUUAAAUUGAUUAAUUGUAUUUCACUUUAAUUAAAAACUAUACAAAUCGACGGAAUCGUGAGAGAAAAUUUGAUCUGUGUAUAAAAGGUUGAAAAUGAAAGUUAAGGACUUUCAAGCGGAGAAUGAACACUGUUUGAAAUUAAACCCAGCAUCUGCCAAUUGGGUAUCUUUUCUCAAAUUAGUCACUAAAAAGCCUGGAUUAAGUUAUCAACUAGGGUUAUCUGAUAAAUUAAUGCUAAAUUAAGUUAAAUAUAACUAUUGCAAUAGGUAAUACUAUAAAUAAACCUGUUUUAAAGAAAAAUAUAUAUUUUGAAAGAGAUGGCUGUCAAAACUCGGCUGUUAUGGUAACCUCAAUGUUGACGUAGUCGUCACUAUGGCUUCAAAAAAAAGUUUUCCACUGAAAUUUUGGGAAACGUCGCUAAAACUGGAGGUCAUAGCUUGAACGGUUUUAAAGUUAUACUACAGCCAGUUUUCAAUUGAUACCCAGGUUAUGACGAAAAUAUUCUGGUGAGGGUGGGGUAGACGGACUGCAAAUUCAAAUAAGAACAAAAAAUAUAUCGGUUACAUGUGUGAAAGAAAUUACAGCCUCCUCGAUCUCCAUAAUUCUUUAAGAUCAUACUCAGCCUAUUAUUCAAUGAUUGCUUAUUAUUUGUUGGUUGCUGUACAGUACGUACUUUGCAGUUGCUUCCUUUCUCUCACCAACGAAAGGUCGUGUGACUCAAGAUCAUAUAAGUUAAGUUUGUUAGCAUUGUUUGCUUAUUUUUAUAAAUAAUGUAACACUUUAACUAAUACAAGAUAGAGCCGAACAACAAGAAGUUGUUGGAAUUACGGAGAAGGGCCUUGGGAGAACGAAGGAAACUGCAAGAGAGCCACGGAAAGGAGGUAAAAAAGAAAAUGAUUUGGUUGACAGAGUUGAUUUGGAAAACUGUACACCGGUACCACCGGAAAAAUCCUAGUAACGCUUCCAAUAGGCUACAAAAGUAGUCACUUCUUUCGGCUACUGGAACAUUGUCUUGGAAUGGCAUCUGCUAUUGUAGGUUGGCUUAGCUACAGGACAGCUCAAAUUGUAACAUCAGGGGCACCCGUCGAGAAUAUAGUUCAAAACCACUUAAACAGAGCAUUGUUGAAGGUAUUUUAGUAUUUAAACGGUAGAUAUGGGCAUAUUUUUAUCUCCUAAAAUUUUUUCAUCUGUUCGGAUUUCCUAGGUGAACGUCUAGUGAUCCGAAAAUUAUAGGGAUCAAAACUUGAAAAUUUCAACUAGAAAAAAAGGCUUCCGAAAAGUCUAUGUGUCCUUUUUAGGGUAAAAAUCCGUUAAAAAUGGGUAAUUAUACCAUUUAUAGAUGUUCGAAAAUCCCCGGAGAGGUAGGCAAGCAAGAAAUUUUACAACAAAUGUUCCGAAAAUUCUAGAUCUCAAAUUGUUUUCCGAACAGAUAUUUUUUUUGCGAAAAUUGACGUUGGGUGCCCCUGUAAGAUACAACUUAAAACUUAAAUUCAGUGUUUAUUCCACACAGUAAAAAGGUUGCGCGAAAAUGAGUCCUAUUUCCUCUUUCCUUUUUCUGGUAACUCCUCGUUGCCAAUUCACUGAUAUUAUUAGAUCACAGACACAGACAUGUCGCUGAUACAAUUGUGGUUUGGAAGGUUAAAAUGUUCUACCAGGGGGCAGAAAAAUUGCAAAUGCAAAUGAAAUAGGCGUUGUUCAUGGCGACCUUCCACGGAAUGGAGGUGCUCGCCGAAUUUGUCACCGAUUCUACGACCAGUGUAUUCAAUGUACAAAGCACGGUAAUUUUUACAGGCGAUCAGUUGUGUAGAUCACACUUGUCGUAGUGUAACUCUGGUGUCCUUUUAGUUGUACAACUCCGUUCACGUGCUUGUUAUUAGCAAACGAUCGGGUGUACACACAUCUGGAUCGGUGAAAAGGAAAUGUAUUAUUAGGCUGCUCUUUCUCUUGAAACACAGAAAACGUACUGUAGACAAGGAUAUCUCGAAGGCUGGUGUCGCACCGAUAAACGCACAAAUCUGUUGAACAACCACAUAAAUUACAAGCUGCUUUAAAACCUUUAACAGCCUUCCUUUUUAUGGAAGUAAACUUAUUUUGCUGUCGUCUAUAAAUAAUCCAGUUUUCAAUUGUUGGGAACCGGCGAACAACUUGUGAAAACGGUUUCUCAUUUGUAUUUGUUUCUUGAUAGAUGAGUUAAUCCAGGAUAGACAUUUUCCGGAAGCUCUUACGCUUACUUGUAGCUAAAUAUUUACCACUUUCUAAAACAGAUUUUUCUUGUCAGACAAGAUCAAACACGUACGCACUGUAUAAUAGUGUUCUAAUUGAGGAUGAGCAUGUUCAACCUGCUGUUAUCAGAAUAAAUGUAAACAUUUUUUUUAGAUUAUAAUGUGAACUAAUAAAAGGCUAAAUUUAGAUGAUAUAAAGUUUGUCCCAUAUUUUUUUUCUUUAGAAAGACAUUUCAAACGUAACUGGUUAGAUUUAUUUGGGAUACCUCAGAAAAACACCUUUGAUUUGCUGUUGAAACCCAUAAUGAUUCAGCCAAAUAUUUCCAUUACAUUACCAUUUGCGUUAAUUAAGCUAAGCCACCCUCUUCUCGUCAAAUGAGCCCGGUUCAGCCAGACUGGCUUAAUCACAGAUGUCUUGCCUCCCCAUUUUCUUAUUUAGAUCAAUAUGUUCAUAUACAAAGGCAGGAUAGCACAGUUAAUAGGGUUUCGGUGACUGUAACUGCAAGCCUAGUACUCAAGCUGGGCAUUUUCCUAUGUAAACAUAUUUUUUACGUAAUUUAAUUUCAGAAAACUGGCACGAUGGUGAAAUACACAACUGAAAUAUCGACAGAAGAUAAAGCGUAUGGCAGUCUUAGCAUCGGCCAUCACAGUCUCGGAGAGAUUAAAACAGCCAUAGACUACCAUGAACGUCACCUAAAAAUUGCAAAAGAAUUGGGUGACAGAUUAGAGGAAGGAAAGGAGUAUAGCAAUCUUGGCAAUGCCCAUCUCAGUCUCGGAGAUUUUAAAACAGCCAUAGACUGCUAUGAACGUCACCUGAAAAUUGCGAAAGAAUUGGGUGACAGAUCAGGAAAAGGAAAUGCGUAUGGCAAUCUUGGCAAUGCCCAUCUCAGUCUGGGAGAUUUUAAGACAGCCAUAGACUACUAUGAACGUCACCUGAAAAUUGCAAAAGAAUUGGGUGAUAGAUCAGGAGAAAGAAAUGCGUAUGGCAAUCUUGGCAAUGCCCAUCGCAGUCUGGGAGAUUUCAAAACUGCCAUAGACUACCAGGAACGUUCCCUGAAAAUUGCGAAAGAAUUGGGUGAUAGAUCAGGGGAAGGAAAUGCGUAUGGCAAUCUUGGCAAUGCCCAUCUCAGUCUGGGAAAUUUCAAAACUGCCAUAGACUACCAAGAACGAUCUCUGAAAAUUGCGAAAGAAUUGGGUGACAGAUCAGGAGAAGGAAAUGCGUAUGGCAAUCUUGGCAAUGCCCAUCUCAGUCUGGGAGAUUUCAAAACUGCCAUAGACUACUAUGAACGUUCCCUGAAAAUUGCGAAAGAAUCGGGUGAUAGAUCAGGAGAAGGAAAGGCGUAUGGCAAUCUUGGCAAUGCCCAUCUCAGUCUGGGAGAUUUCAAAACUGCCAUAGACUACCAAGAACGUUCCCUGAAAAUUGCGAAAGAAUUGGGUGAUAGAUCAGGAGAAGGAAAUGCGUAUGGCAAUCUUGGCAAUGCCCAUCUCAGUCUGGGAGAUUUCAAAACUACCAUAGACUACCAAGAACGUUCCCUGAAAAUUGCGAAAGAAUUGGGUGAUAGAUCAGGGGAAGGAUAUGCGUAUGGCAAUCUUGGCAAUGCCCAUCUCAGUCUGGGAGAUUUCAAAACUGCCAUAGACUACCAAGAACGUUCCCUGAAAAUUGCGAAAGAAUUGGGUGAUAGAUCAGGAGAAGGAAAUGCGUAUGGCAAUCUUGGCAAUGCCCAUCUCAGUCUGGGAGAUUUCAAAACUGCCAUAGACUACCAAGAACGUUCCCUGAAAAUUGCGAAAGAAUUGGGUGAUAGAUCAGGGGAAGGAAAUGCGUAUGGCAAUCUUGGCAAUGCCCAUCGCAGUCUGGGAGAUUUCAAAACUGCCAUAGACUACCAAGAACGUUCCCUGAAAAUUGCGAAAGAAUUGGGUGAUAGAUCAGGAGAAGGAAAUGCGUAUGGCAAUCUUGGCAAUGCCCAUCGCAGUCUGGGAAAUUUUAAAACAGCCAAAGACUACUAUGAACGUCAGCUGAAAAUUGCGAAAGAACUAGGUGAUAGAUCAGGAGAAGGAAAUCCGUAUGCCAAUCUUGGCAAUGCCUAUCUCAGUCUGGGAGAUUUCAAAACUGCCAUAGACUACCAAGAACGUUCCCUGAAAAUUGCGAAAGAAUUGGGUGAUAGAUCAGGAGAAGGAAAUGCGUAUGGCAAUCUUGGCAAUGCCCAUCGCAGUCUGGGAAAUUUUAAAACAGCCAAAGACUACUAUGAACGUCAGCUGAAAAUUGCGAAAGAACUAGGUGAUAGAUCAGGAAAAGGAAAUGCGUAUGCCAAUCUUGGCAAUGCCCAUCUCAGUCUGGGAGAUUUCAAAACUGCCAUAGACUACCAAGAACGUUCCCUGAAAAUUGCGAAAGAAUUGGGUGAUAGAUCAGGAGAAGGAAAUGCGUAUGGCAAUCUUGGCAAUGCCCAUCUCAGUCUGGGAGAUUUCAAAACUGCCAUAGACUACCAAGAACGUUCCCUGAAAAUUGCGAAAGAAUUGGGUGAUAGAUCAGGAGAAAGAAAUGCGUAUGGCAAUCUUGGCAAUGCCCAUCGCAGUCUGGGAGAUUUCAAAACUGCCAUAGACUACCAAGAACGUUCCCUGAAAAUUGCGAAAGAAUUGGGUGAUAGAUCAGGGGAAGGAAAUGCGUAUGGCAAUCUUGGCAAUGCCCAUCUCAGUCUGGGAGAUUUCAAAACUGCCAUAGACUACCAAGAACGUUCCCUGAAAAUUGCGAAAGAAUUGGGUGAUAGAUCAGGAGAAGAAAAUGCGUAUGGCAAUCUUGGCAAUGCCCAUCGCAGUCUGCGAGAUUUCAAAACUGCCAUAGACUACCAAGAACGUUCCCUGAAAAUUGCGAAAGAAUUGGGUGAUAGAUCAGGAGAAGGAAAUGCGUAUGGCAAUCUCGGCAAUGCCCAUCUCAGUCUCGGAGAUUUUAAAACAGCCAUAGACUACUAUGAACGUCACCUGAAAAUUGCGACAGAAUUAAGUGACAAAUCAAGAGAAAGAAAGGCGUAUGGCAAUCUUGGCAAUGCCCAUCUCAGUCUGGGAGAUUUUAAGACAGCUAUACACUACCAAGAACGUUCCCUGAAAAUUGCAAAGAAGUUGGGGAACAGAUCAGGAGAAGGAAAUGCGUAUGGCAAUCUUGGCAAUGCCCAUCUCAGUCUGGGAGAUUUUAAGACAGCCAUAGACUACUAUGAACGUCACCUGAAUAUUGCAAAAGAAUUGGGUGAGAGAUCAGGAGAAGGAAAGGCGUGUGGCAAUCUUGGCAAUGCCUAUAAUAGACUGGGAGAUUUCAAAACUGCUAUACACUACCAAGAACUUUCCCUGAAAAUUGCGAAAGAAUUGGGUGACAGAUCAGGAGAAGGAAAGACGUGUGGCAAUCUUGGCAAUGCCCAUCUCAGUCUGGGAGAUUUUAAAACAGCAAUAGACUACCAAGAACGUUCCCUGAAAAUUGCGAGAGAAUUGAAUAACAGUUUUGAUGAGGGAGUAGCAUGUUAUAACCUUGGUUCUGUUUUUGAAUCUCUAGGGCAAGUUUCAGUGGCUAUUGAAUAUUACCAGACCGAUAUUACUUUGUUAAAUGACAUCAGAGAUCGUCUUCAGUUGAACGAUGGAUGGAAAUUAAGCUUACGUGAUCAAUACCAAAACGUAUACGCGGCACUGUUGCGUGUGAUGUUAGCGGCUGGCAAGGUUACGGAGGCUUUGUUUUCUGCCGAGCAAGGACGGGCGCAGAGUCUGAAAGACCUCAUGGCAUUAAACUAUUUAUUUGAAACAAAUGAUGCUGUUCAAGAAAACAGUACAUUUGAUGAGUUGUCCAGUUGCCUUCCUCUGAAUACAAUAUUUAUGGCGAUAGGAGAGAAUGAAUUGAUUUUCUGGGUUUGCCAGAAAGGAAAGGAGGUUGAAUUAAGAAGAAAAGAAAACAGUUCGCAAGAUGAAAUCAAAACUUUCUUUCAGUCUCUUGUGGAGAAAAAUGGUGCACGUGAUAAUGUAGAGUGUGAAGAUCGCUCACUUGCAUUGGCAAGGAAUGAAAGGUUAGCAGUUAAAAGACCACCUCAAGAUGUCAGACAAACCCAGUCCUUACAUCUUCAAAAAAGAGCUCUGUGUACUUUGUACGACACUAUCAUUGAUCCUAUUCAAGAUCUAUUUUCAGGCAGUGAACUCGUAUUUAUUCCAGAAGGUCCACUUUGCUUGGCUCCUUUUGCUGCAUUCAUGAACCCAGAUUCCAAGUACCUUUGCGAAUCAUUCAGCAUCCGUGUGGCUCCAUCCCUCACAAGCUUGAAAAUGAUUGCGCAAUGUCCGGUAGAUUACCAUCACAAGUCAGGCGUACUUCUUGUCGGUGAUCCGUGGGUGCAAGAUGUGACAAAUCUAGAGCCGCUGCCCUGCGCCAGAAAGGAAGUGAAUAUGAUUGGUAAAAUGGUUGGCUCUACGCCUCUUGUUGGAAGACAGGCCACGAAGGAUGAGGUGUUAAGACGACUCGGUUCUGUUGCUUUGCUGCACAUCGCUGCUCAUGGGAAUAUUGAAACAGGAGAAAUUGCUUUGGCGCCAAAUAGUACAUGUAGUGAGUCGGACUUCAUUUUGACAAUGAAAGAUGUAAAGCAGGUUCAGCUGCGAGCAAGAUUGGUUGUACUCAGUUGCUGCCAUAGUGCUCGUGGCGAAAUGAAAGCAGAGGGUGUGGUCGGCAUAGCACGGGCAUUUUUAGGUGCUGGUGCUCGUUCUGUUCUGGUAUCAUUGUGGGCGAUUGACGACAAGGCCACUCUUGAGUUUAUGAAAAAUUUCUAUCAGCAUCUUGUGGCAGGAAAAAGUGCAAGUGAAGCCCUUAACCGGGCAAUGAACUGCAUGAGAGAAUCCACAGAAUUUAGCGAUGUAACUCACUGGGCGCCGUUUGUACUCAUUGGUGAUGACGUCACAUUGGAAUUUGAUGGGAGAAAAUAGACCACUCACAAUGUCGAGGUACGGCUUUUUUUUGCUGGUCGUAAGGUGUCAAGUUUUUUUUUUUCAAAUGACCGUUCUGUCUUUCAGUUUUAAACUUAAAAACGAUAAGAGUUGAUACACACAAACGUUAGCGGCCACAUUACAGAAAGCGGACGCAAACAAGAGUUAGUAAAAUCAGCACAAAAGUAAGCGAAGAGGGAGAUAAAUGUAUGAAUGAAUGACUGACUGACUGACUGACUGACUGACUGACUGACUGACUGACUGACUGACUGACUGACUGACUGACUGACUGACUGACUGACUGACUGACUGACUGACUGACUGACUGACUGACUGACUGACUGACUGACUGACUGACUGACUGACUGAAUGAAUGAAUGAAUGAAUGAAUGAAUGAAUGAAUGAAUAAUACAGUAGUCUAGAUAAAUAGGCGCUACACUACGUCUAUUAUAUUAAUUUAACUUCUUUGAAAUUAAGUUAAAUUUUUUGUGGACGUGGUCAUUUUUUUAUUUCUCAUUCUCAGUGCUAGUCUUCGACUGAUUUCUUAAGCGGGUAAUAUCGUUAUUUGUCGUCUCCUUUAAAAUAAUAAAUAUUUCAGUGACAGCUAUCCAUUUAUGUCCAUGUGACUCACAGCGAUUUGGGUUACAAGUUCGUUAUAGGACGAACCUCUCAGAGUUUAUUAGUGACCUUAAUUCCAGUGACACAUCUGUCUUGCGGAAACCUGGCUCGGGCUUGAGUUUAAUAUGCUACUGUUUCUAUUUAUUAUUAUUAUUAUUAUUAUUAUUAUUAUUAUUAUUAUUAUUAUUAUUUUUGUUGUUGUUCAUAUCUCACCCCACUAGUAGUAUCGGUGGUCACGUAUCCCUAGGUCAUCAAGCUAUCUCCUGUAGCCUUGGGUGUCCAGGAUCCUUCUUAAGAUCUUUGCUCUUCCCAACAAGCAGGCUUUCUAGAGUAAGUUCAAGAUCCCAAGUGUUCCUAUUUAGUAACCCACACCAUUAAGUUUUUGGUCACUGCUCCAAGUGCCCCCAAUACAAUUGGAACAACAGAUACGCUUUUGCAUUUCCACAUCUUUUGUAUUUCCACUUUUAAGUUAUUAUUAAUAUUAUUGCCCCUCACUUCUACUUUCAACUCAUGUUAGCCAAUCCAGACAGAUUUUGUUAGUCGAUCCUAAUAGCGGAGCUCCUCGCGCGCGCGAAGCGCGCGCAGAGCGGAGCACCAUGGGUAAGAAAAUUUGGUAAACUAUCCAUCUGAGAAAAUUUGGUUAUGACGUAGCGUACGCCCGCCCGCCCACCCGUACACACGCUUCAUGUAAGCCGAUGUCAAAUGUCACAAUAGAUCUUGCACAACUUGACUAGCCUCUUAGUUAUGUAAGCCAUCCGUAUGAGUACGAUUAGAUUGACAGCUGUCAAAAUUAGGCAUCCGCUGACAAUUAUCACAUGACUAUCUCGCGGGCUCAGAUGAAAGACCAGUCGUUUUGCGCCUACAUAUAAGCUGAUAUAAUAUGUCACACUAACCAAUUCAACAUAAAAACAAAACUACGCCGGGCAAGGCUGUCAGUUGGGAGACAGUCGUUGGAAGUUAUAUUGGCAAGCCAAAUGAAGGUCAAUUGACAGCUGUCAAAAUGGGACAUGUGCAGACCACUAUCGGAAAACUAAUAACGUGGGCUCAUGUUCGCUCAGGUACACGAUCUGGCAUUUUCCAUUACAUGCCGGACGGAUAUGUCUUACUCACACUCGUAGUCUGUUAAUUCGAAUAUUCGCCAUUCUAAUGAAGAGUAAUUGACAGCUGUCAAACUAGAGUAUACGCUGACCAUCAUCACCUGAGUGUAUCGCGGGCUCAUUUGUCUAUCCAUUGAGGUCACGUAGUGUUUAAAGUUUUGCGCUGAUAUUUUAUUGGCUCACGGGCUCAAUUCAAAGUCACAUAGCUUAGAAAAUGGAUCCGUCUUAGAAAAUUCGGCAAUCACGUGACCAUACACCGACCACCCGACCUUCCGUCUGUCCGCACCACAGGUAUACCAAUGUUUAAUCUCACACUUUCUAGCUAGUUUGGGAGCCUGCAACCUGAUAUUGUACAUCCAUGUUUUGAUUAAUUGACAGCUGUCAAAAUAGUGUUUCUGCUGACCAAUAUCGCCUGACCCUAUCGCGGGCUCAGGUAUCGACCCACUGAGUUCGAGUGUUUUUUUUAACGUAUCCGCUGACAGGUUGCUACUUUUCAAUUAUCGCAGGCUCAAGUUCAAUUUUUUUAAAAAGCAUAUGAAAUAAGACGAGUUCAUGAGCCGCACUUUUAAAAUGUUCAUUUCGAACUGACCUCGGACGCCAAAAUUCAACCGGCUUUUACAUUUACAUGCGGGGAAGGCAAUCACUUUUGACUUUUCUCACUGCCACGCGUUGAUCACGCUCUACGUCCAGUUUUUAUGUUCUGAUUGGUCAAAAUUUGACAGGUGAGUUCAUGCGGAAAAUUUAUGCAACGUCUGGCAACUUGCUUACUAAUAGCUGGAGCUUACAGAGUUUUGUGUCAUCUUGUGAUGUUUUAAACUGGCUUAUCCUACUUGGUGUACAAAACUAAAUACAGCUGCUAUCAAGAUUGUUCUGUAAUUCAUGGCUGGUUUGUUUAUUGCGCUUUUUGUUGACAAAUGCACCGCUUGUCAAAGUCAUUGGAAAUCCGAUUUCGGAUGGCAUCGUUUUCAAAAAUGAGCUUACUCACUUGCCCUUCCUUGAGGCGUAAGAGGGUUGAAAAUUCUGGAACACUUGAUGACCUUCAGAAGCAGCAUCUCGACUGGUAAGCCUGAGAAAUUGUUGUCUUUGAUGUGUUUUUUUUUUUUCGGUUUCCUGAAGUCGAGCGUAUGGUUUAUGCGGCUUAAGUUUAUACACGAGCAAUGAUCUAACCUACAAUAGUAUCAGGUUUAAAAAGCCUUUAGACAUUUUUUGACCGCAAAUUCAAAGAAAAUGUUCCGAAGAUUAUUUACUUAUGAUUUUGGCUGUAAACAGAAAGCUCUGAGCGAUUUUCUUGCCGCGAGUUCAUCUUGAAAAAGAGCAAACACCGGGAAGCCGGCUUAAAACAUAAAUAAGCUUAUGCUUACCUGACUCAUGAUUUUCAAAGACACUUUACUCUCAAUACUUCUCUUCGUGAAUGAAAAUUAUUGUCUCUGUACAUAUUUCACCGAAUUAUAUUUAUUUUAUUGAUUGUUAGUAGUCCCUCUCGCAAUCUUUAUCCAAUCUUACGCCGCGCGUAAAUACCACUCGCUUUUAAAGAUUACACAUACCAAAACCAUACGCAGUUUAAUAAAUAAAGGGAAAUAAAACCUAAACAUAACAAUUUAUCUAUCAUGUUGAAGCGUAAAUGGUAACUCUAUUAAUCGCACUGCAAAUUUGGUGCCUGUCAAAAGUGAGCCCCGUCCGGCUGGCCGAAAAGUGAUUUUGGGAAUUUGUUUAUGGUUUUCAUUAAAAGCCCAUAUUACCCUGCGUAUCAGAUAGGACCAGAUUUUUCUAACUGAAAGUCCUAGCAUUAUAGAAAUCUCUUCAUGAAAACGUUUUAUAAUUCAAUGCUGUAAUUUGUUGUGCAAAGGAAGGGCGUGCUUUGAUCGUCGUGGAUAUUGAAUGAGUGCAAAUUCUCUUGCAAAAUUGUGAAAAACUGCAGAAUUAUAGGUUUAAAUAAGGCAAAAAAAGAACAAAUUCUGUCCGAGGUCUGUAUGAUAAAAACAAGGGCCUCAUAGUACUGUUUACCUGAGACGUGAUGAGAAAAAGUAUGUUUAAAAGGCUGGUUUACACACCACCAGAUUCGUCGCCAAGAUUUACUAGUAAACUAAACUUGUCGAACACAAAAAAUCCGGCCUGUUUUUUUUUAUUUUGGCCUCUCUUUUAGACAGAGGAAUGCAACGUGUAAAUUGGCUGCCACCAAGGACUAUCGUGGCGCCUGUGUUUCUUAAAAUUAUAUUUCGGGGUUGUCAAAUUAUCCAUAGUCUCUCAAACGGAGCAAUAUUGGAGAGAGUGGUGAAUGCCACAUUAUGAUGUAACAGCUAAUGCGAAUGCAAUACACGAAUAGGUAGGUCUAUUUGUUUUCCAGGCCUAAUCUACUGUGAUCGAACAUGAUUGCUAUUUUUGGGUGUACAAAUAAGACUAUUUAAUAACUCGAUGUAAAAGCUGUUUCACUCUUGGACUGUCAAAUUAUUUUUCUCUAAAAUCACUUAGCCUUUGCCUCAAACGUCAAAUGAAUGUGCCCUGAUCUGUGGAUUACAAGUUUAUUGUUUGAUUUAAAUUAUGAAUUUAUUAACGGGAGCUUCGCUUUUAGCCCUGGCUAAAUCUAUAUAUUAGAAUAAGGGUGCUUUAAGUAAUUUCAUGAUUUUUUAUUACACUGUUACUAUUUUCUUUUAUAGUUGAGUGCAAGGAAUUUGUAUCACGUUGUGAGGCAGCUAAGAAGAACAAAAGUAUUAGUAGGUUUUAUUUAGCUUCUUUUAGAAAACAUGUGUAACAAAGUCGUUCGAUUCAGAAAACGAAUUCUAUUUCUUUAUAUUAAGACUUAACGUAAUGUUUACAUACUCUUAUAUAUAAUUAAAACUCUCAUUUUUCUUGUUCCCGGAAAAUUCAAGAAUCAAAUGAAAUUUAGUAGUUCGAGACUUUCAACUGCGUCUACAAAAUGGAGGGAAAUUUAGCAGUUGUUAUUCCUCAACACUUGGGUUUCUAUCCUUUUUACAUUUAACCAUGCAACAACAAGAAAUUAUUCUUGAUCCUCUUAAUAACCGAAAUGUUGGAAACAGUAAUCUUAUCGAGUAAUGGGUUUUUAGUCUGCUUAACUUGGGA